AUGCUUGACGUCCUCGAUCUGAUCGUCGAGCGCGGCGGCAACCCUGAGGCUGUCCGGGAAAGCCAGCGCAGACGCUUUGCGCCCGUUGAGGUUGUCGACCAGGUCAUUGACUUGUGGCAGGACCACCGUCGCACUCUCUAUGCGGCCACCCAGCUGAAUGCAAAGAUCAACGAAAUCCAAAAGCAAAUCGGUGCCAAGAAGAAGGCCAAGGAGAAUGCCGACGAGCUGCUCCAGCAGAAGAUUGCUAUCGAAAAGGAGAAGAAGGAGAUCCUCGACUCGGCUGCCGCCAAGGAAAAGAUCAUGAACAAAGCCCUCGCCACCAUUGGCAACAUCAUCCACGACUCCGUCCCCGUCUCGGCAACAGAAGACGAUAACCCGACCCUGCGCACCUGGGUGCCUGCCGACCGCGAAGUCCCCAUCGGCCAGGAGGACCGCAGCACCUUGCUAUCGCACCACGAGCUGCUGCUGCGCAUCGAUGGCUACAACCCGGAAGCGGGCGUUAAGGUGGUUGGACACCGAGGCUACUUCCUCAAGAACUGGGGUGUUUUCCUGAACCAAGCUAUUAUAAAUUUCGGACUUGAGUUCCUCACGCAACAGCACGGCUACACGGCCCUGCAGUCGCCUUUCAUGAUGUCAAAGGAAGUCAUGGCGCAAACAGCUCAGCUCGACGAUUUCGACGAGCAACUAUAUAAGGCAUGUCGACUUUUGGUUGUUGAUGGCGAUUCGGAAAAGUACCUCAUUGCUUCCGAGCAGCCAAUCUCGGCGUACCACGCCGGACAGUGGCUUCAGCCCGCCGAGAUGCCCAUCAAAUACGCUGGCUUCAGCACAUGCUUCCGUCGUGAGGCUGGCUCCCACGGCAAGGAUGCCUGGGGUACCUUCCGUGUGCAUCAGUUUGAGAAGGUCGAGCAGUUCGUCCUGUGUGAUCCUGAGAAGAGUUGGGAGAUGUUCGACGCAAUGAUUGCCAACUCCGAGGAGUUUUGCCAAGCUCUCGGCCUACCGUACCGUGUUAUUGCCAUUGUCAGCGGUGCCUUCAACCAGGCAGCCAGCAAGAAGUUCGAUCUUGAGGCUUGGUUUCCAUACCAGGCAGAGUACAAAGAGCUUGUUUCCUGCUCCAACUGCACCGAUUUCCAGUCUCGGGCUUUGGAUAUCCGGUACGGCGCAAAGACCCAGACCGAUGCCAAGAAGAAAUACGUCCACUGUCUCAACUCGACCCUGACUGCCACUAGCCGGACAAUGUGCGCUAUCCUCGAGAACUUCCAGACCCCAGAAGGUGUGCGCAUUCCCGAGCCGCUUCGGAAAUACCUCCCAGGAGCUCCCGAUUUCCUGCCCUUCACGAAGGAGUUGCCAAAGGACUCCACUUCGCAGAAGGCCAAGGCCAAGAGCGACAAAGGCGGGGCUAAGCAGAAGGUUGCGGCUGCAGCUGGCGCUGCUAGCGACGCCGUCAACAAGGCGGCCGACAAGCUGAAGGAUGUCACGGUGUAA